GUAACACAGGAAAGAAGAAUUGCAGACUUGUGACAGUGGCAUCGUACCGACGUAUCAUUACUGCCACACCUGACCGUUGAAGACAGGAUGGAGUUGAAAACAUGUUCUGGGGAGAGUGCGAUAGCGUUGAAAAGAAAGAGAGCUCAGAGCGAUGAAGACGAUAGCAGUAACGAAAGCAACAGCAAUGAAGACUGCCAGUAUGAGCCACCCUUGCCAAAAGUCAGACUGUUUGCCACCAAGGAGGAGGAACCGUUGGUUGAUGAAGUAACUAAUGGUGACGAAGGUGAGGAAAAUGCUGAGGAUAUCGAAGAUGAUGAUGAUGAUGAUGGAGAUUUUGCGGACGACUGUGAGCCAGAGGAACGGGAUAUGGACAAGAUAAGCUUGACGUUAGAAUGCAAAGACCUAUGGCUCAAAUUCCACGAGCUUGGAACCGAAAUGAUUAUAACCAAAGCUGGAAGGCGAAUGUUCCCAGUCGUUAGAGUGCGAGUGUCUGGCCUUGAUCUGCAGAAACAGUACCUGGUGGCCUUGGACGUAGAGCCUGUUGAUGAUAUGCGCUACAGAUACGCUUAUCACAGGUCCAACUGGCUAGUGGCAGGAAAGGCGGAUCCCCAGCCAGUAAAACGGCUGUAUCUGCACCCAGACUGUCCGUUCAGUGGUGAACAACUACUAAACCAAGUAAUCUCGUUCGAAAAAGUCAAGCUAACAAACAACGAAAUGGACCACAGUUCACACAUAAUCCUGAAUUCCAUGCACAAGUAUCAACCUCGCGUACUCAUAAUACGAAAGCCAGAGGACUGGGACGGAACAUGUGACAAACUUACCCUAUCGCCAAAGUACAAGAGAACCUUUUCAUUUCCAGAGACGGUCUUCAUCGCAGUGACAGCUUAUCAAAACCAGUUGAUUACCAAACUGAAGAUCAACAGCAAUCCAUUUGCAAAAGGGUUCCGAGAUUCGUCAAGAUUUGUGUCAGUUGAAAGGCCCCAGAAAAUAUCUUCAUACAUGAGUUGCAGAUGCAGUUCAGGCUCUUCGUAUCAUUGCCCACACAACCGCAGUUAUCCAGGACUUGACGAAAAAGAUACCUUUACAACAUAUCCAUUAAUUGGCCAGGGACAAUCCACGCUUGACAUGAUGCUGAAGCCCGGUCAGUACCCACCACUUUCACCUGAUGGAAUCACAAUACCAGCAUAUCCUGCCUAUAUUCCACAACCGAUGCCACAAGCAUUCGAUUAUGCCUAUCAUAAAUCGUUGCCUCACUCGGCAGUCGACUGGCACCAGUAUUCACAGCAACAACAACAAGUACCAUCCACAUCCCAACUGGAUGCGUACAGCUCCUCCCCAGCGGUCUCAACGUAUCUUUCAGCUGUUUCCAAUAUCUGGAGCAGUCCCAAUGGAACAAACCCAAGUCAUUAUCAGUCACGAUAUCAUCAUAUCAAGUAAAAUUAACAAUUCCAUUUAGUGUUGCUGUGUAUUUAGAAUUCUUGAAGAAGACUACAUCAUCCCUUGUGUUUAAGUACGGAGAAAUGUCAAUUGAUGCAAGAGGAGGUGAUAUAAUUGUCAUGAUUGCAUGUAUAAAAAGAAAUCAUGGACAUGCUUACAAUGUAAAUACAAAAACUUCCAAUAGAAAGUUGUUCAUCUAGAGGGUGAUGCCUCUUUGUCAAAUCCCCACCAAAAAAUAUUUCAUGGAUUUCUUGAUCAUAUGAUAGCACUAUAUUCAACAAAACUAUUUAGCCUAGCGCCAAAACGUUGAAAAUGUCUGCAUCUUUUUAUCAAAUACAAUGCUAUAUCAUGAGAUGUAGCAUGAGUCGAUAGUCAAUCAUCUGGAAGCAGAAAUAAUGCUGGACAUUUUGCUGUUAAACAAGUUUACACAAUUUUAAUCACAAUUCAUAAAAGGCGCCAAAACUAAGGAAGAAUAAAGAAAACUUACAGUGCAUGCAUCGACGCGAGGCGAAUUCUCGUUCUAAGUAACAAACCUUACCUUACUCGGCAGCCUUACUCGUAUUCCUUUAGCACAUAUUUUUAGCUUUCGAAUAAGGGUGAAAAUUCAUAAAUGUUUAUUUCAAAUGCUUAAUUGAUGUACAACAUGCAUGAUGUAGCAAAAUAUGCAGAUUUUAAAUAGUAUUUUAUAGAGUUGUAAAUAUUUUGAUGCGGAAUAGAUAUCAUGUACGUUUCUGGCAUUCGAAGAAAAUUGAAUUUUAAUGCA